ACUUCCUGAAUUUGUCAAGACCUUACCAAACCUGCACGAUAUCGUGUCAUCGCAAGACCUUCGUAGACAAGAUGGCGUCAGGCGUGGCCGUGGACGAUGAAGUCAUCAAUUUGUUCAAUGAUAUCAAGAAGCACAGGAAGCAGAAGGCGGCGUUCUUCCGCCUCAGCGACGACAAGACGAAGAUCAUCGUGGACCACUGCAUGAAGGUCAUGUGCGACGACGCCGACCCUUUCAAAUCCUUCAAGGACAUGCUCCCGAAAGAUGACUGCCGAUUCAUCGUCUACGACGCGUUGUUCGACACGGAGGAUUCCAAAAAUAGGGAACAAAUGAUCUUCAUCAGCUGGGCUCCCGAUACCGCUACCGUCCAGAAAAAGAUGAUCCACGCAUCCUCCCGUGAAAACAUCAAGAAACUCUUUGGCCUGACUGCGGAGUGGCAGGUGAACGAUUUAUGCGAAGUUCAACCUGAAGAUCUGGCUGAAAGGUUGAGCAGGGAUACCGUGGUCUGCAUAGACGGGAAGGUCUUACCGGGUAAAUGCGGCUGACACCAACAGCAAGUCACUUGGCGUUAAAAAGCGGUCUGGUUUCAUCGAACGUGUCUGUCCUUUUUGGACUUCCACCGAUUAUUUGGACUUGAUUUCAUAGUAGUGCUGUAUGAUAUGACGAAAGGGGAGGGAAGCUCCAAGUCUCUUCCUUCCGAUACGAUUUGCUCACGAUAUGAUCUCACCCUUUGGCGAAACACGGUUGGGAAAUCAAUCGGUGAUUUUCUACCAGAAAAAUAAGCCUUUACUAAACGGAAAUCUAGAUAUUAUUACAACAGUCUUGUCCACAAAUGAGUGUCUUUAUGAACUCAUUGACUGGCAUUUCCGAGGAUAAACAUCUAAUUCAUUUAAAGUGGUAGGACUGGCGCCUGGCAGUCAAUGCUCAGUAAAUGAUCCAAAAUGUACAGGAAGUGACCCCGGAAUGCCCCAAAUUUGUGCUUCCUGAUUGAUUUUUUUUGUCAAGAACAGUAUGUCAUAUUUAUUUAUUUCCUUACCGUUAAUAUAAAUCGCCAAAACGAUACCAUUUUUUAAUUUUUAAUUUUACAUGUCUAAUCGUCAUUAUUGCCAGACUUUUUCUGCAAUACAUAUUUUGGCCAGCCGAUGACGCCCAGUAUGACGAGAUUGCAAAUGCGUAGUAGUACCACCCAUCGGCCACUAAGUGUCCUAAUCUCCCAGCACUCACGAGUAGUUUUACCAAAUAAUCAAAAAUGUAUUACAUCGUGGCAUGUCAUGAUCCAUUUUUUUCUUUAUAUCACACAGCACUAGCUAAAAAUAAGCAAUAAUCAAAAUAUUUGUCCAAUAGCUUUUUCCUUUUCUCACGUGUUCCUUUGCUGGGUUUAUUUUGGUUUGUGUGACAAACUGUUGAUGACCUUUAAAAAAAAUGGAAACUGUUUGAAAAUAUUUUCCUUUUUUUGGGGUGCGUGUUUUCAUUGGAAUCAUUUUUCCCCUUUUUGUUUUGGUGGAUCAAGUGUCCUCUCAAAAAUAAAAA